UCCGGGUGCCACUGUCACUUCAUUCCGGUCGGGAGCUGAAGGCGCUGGGUUCCGUCCUCGCGUCUGAAUCCUUCAGGACUGCCGCCGGCCUGUUCCCAGAGGGAGGGACAUGAGCGUCCCCGGGCCGCAGUCCCCCGACGGGGGCCUGACGGUGCCGCCCGGCAGCCUGGAGGUCAGGGAAUUGAUGCCGGGUUUGAGUGAUGCUUCUCCAGAUGAAGGGUUAAUAGAGGACCUGAGUGUAGAAGACAGAGCUGUGGAGCAGCUGGCCGAAGGAUUGCUUUCCCACUACUUGCCAGAUCUGCAGAGAUCAAAACAAGCCCUCCAGGAACUCACACAAAACCAAGUUGUCUUAUUAGACACCCUGGAACAAGAGAUUUCAAAAUUUAAAGAAUGCCAUUCUAUGUUGGACAUUAAUGCUUUGUUCACUGAGGCCAAACAUUACCAUGCCAAGUUGGUGAACAUAAGGAAAGAGAUGCUGAUGCUUCAUGAGAAGACAUCAAAGUUAAAAAAACGAGCACUGAAACUACAGCAGAAGAGGCAAAAAGAAGAGUUGGAAAGGGAGCAGCAGCGGGAGAAGGAAUUUGAAAGAGAAAAGCAGUUAACUGCCAAACCAGCUAAAAGGACAUGAAAGUUGUGUUCGUGUGUUUGCUAAGCCCUGUCCCAUGUUCUUUGGAUGUAGGAUGGCUGGAGUGUAGAGUGACAAGGGAGUGCCUUAUAC